AUGGAGCAGGAGGAGGUGCUGCCACCCCCAGCCACCCUCUCGGCGAAGCCUGGUCACUUGUGGGGCGGCCUGCAGCAAAGCCAGGCACCGGGCGAUCUGGACGUGCAGCAAUCUGAUCCCGAAGAUCCUGUCCACGCAAGCGUCAUUCAGCUGCGGAAAGAGUUGACUCAGAAGCUCUGCUGGCAAGAGGAAAUUCUGAAUGAGAUCCUACGCCGCGUAGAUCGACCUCGUGGCCCUCCUCCCGCAUUGGUGGCCACGGCUGCGAACAAGUCAAGCCAAGAGGAGAAAGAGAUGAGAAAGGAGGAUUCUAACAAAUCUCAUGCUUCUCUCACUUCUCGCGUCUCGAAGACAUCAACGUCCAAAGCUCCACAAGGGGAACCCGGAGGGCGGAGGACGAACUUCACACCUGGGGCUCCUCAUUUAUUCAGCACCUUCACCCACUAUGACUUGGCCCUUCAAGACGUAGCGAACACGGCUGAAGGGAGGCAAAAUCGAUUGAAGUUUGGGAAGACGAGGGGCUCUUUCGGCAAGGAUGAGGACAUGGGCUGGGUGGAAUGGGUGGUGGGCUCCCCACUCUUCGAUGCCUUCUGCGCGCUGAUUGUGGUGUCGAACUCUAUCUUCCUGGGCGUCGAAGUUCAGAUGGGUAUCACUUACUUCGACGAGGGCCUGCCGGUAUCAAUGUCCGUGGUGCAGUAUGUCUACGCCGCUUGGUUUCUGCUGGAGCUAAUGCUUCGAAUCCGAAACGACGGCUGGAAAUUCAUCUUCACCCCGGACUGGUCUUGGAAUUUGCUGGAUGUUUUUGUGGUCCUGACCUCACUAUGGGAAGUCGCCGCCGAGAUCGUCUACACAAUUCUGCAGAACGACAUCGGAGACGUUGCCGGCAUGAGCGGCCUCAAAGCCUUUCGCAUCAUUCGCGUCACGCGAGUCGUGAAGGCUCCAGCCUAA